AUGGCUGCCACACCCGGCUCGCCCGCGUCCCUCGACUCCGGGGACCCCUCUUUCUCCCCGGACGCCGGGAUCUCUUACCAUGGCCAGGGAUCGGUGUCUGUGGCAAUUGCCCCCACCCCGACUCACUCCCGGACCUGUGACUCUUCCACGGCGCAGCGCCCUCCACCUCUCAACCUUUACUGGGAUGACAUCAGCCUGACUGUGGACCUGCCAAAAGGUCUCCUGUCCCAGCAGGCGAGUGCCACCAAACUCCCGGGAGAUGCGAACGAAUACCAAUCGCUGAUCAACCACGAGGUGGACUCCCCGGCCGGGGCAUCCUACUCAAGCCCCGAGUACUUCGGGGGAAUCGGCAUCGAUGGCGACGCCGGGCUCUUCCGAGACUCGGUCAGCAAUGCCCUUCCCUCGGCCGACCUGUCGGCACCGGACUUCCGUGACAGUGUGGCUUACGCUCCGGCAACGAGUCUGCCGGAUCCCUCGAAAAAGGUCAUCCUCAGCUCCCUGUCCGGCGCGGCCAACGGCUCGGAGAUGACUGCCCUCAUGGGCAGCAGCGGUGCAGGCAAGACCACCCUGCUGGACAUCCUGGCCGGACGGACGUUCAACUUCUCUGGCCGGGUGUCGGUCAGUCACACGAUCCCCGGCCAGGGCGACAAGGCUCCCACCCGCAAGUUCGACGCUUCGGCGAAGGAACUCCGACGUCUCAGCGCAUACGUCACACAGGAUGAUGUGCUGAUCGCCUCCUUCUCCGUGCGGGAGACAAUUCUCUUUUCAGCGCGCAUGCGUCUGCCCCACAAGGUCCCUGAGUCGGCGAAGAUUGCUCGCGUGAACUACCUGAUCAAGCUACUCGGACUUUCUUCCUGUGCCGAGACGCGCAUCUCCCAGGUGUCUGGGGGCCAGCGCCGGCGGACAGCCAUCGCCGUGGAGCUGGUCACGUCGCCCCGUAUCCUCUUCCUGGAUGAGCCGACCAGUGGCCUUGACUCCUUUACCGCUUACUCGGUUAUGCGCAGUCUGCGCUCCAUCGCCCGCUCCGGCUGCACGGUUAUCACCACCAUCCAUCAGCCGAGCUCAGACCUUUUCUCCCUCUUUGACCGCUUGGUCCUGCUGCACAGUGGCCAGACCGUCUUUUCUGGCUCAGCCAAGGAGUCAAUCACCUAUUUCACGAAGAUCGGCUAUCCUUGCCCGGCGUUCACCAAUCCCGCGGAUCACCUGCUGGCGCUGCUGCACUAUGACGAGCACUCGCAUGAGGACUCCGAGGAGAAGGCCGAAUCGCCGCAGGACCGCUUUGAUCGCCGGGUUCGCCACAUUUUGCACUGUUGGCGUGUCCACACGCGGGAGAGGAGGCUCCUCGAGGCCCAGCAAUCCAGCCUACCCAGCGGUGGCCCCGCCGACUCCCUGGCCGAGGAGAAUCCGCUGCUUGUGCCCGAUCCACUGGUUGAUGCGCCGAGCCUUCCUCUCUGGCGGGAGUUGUGGCUGCUGCUCACGCGAUCCAUGCUAGACACGAUCCGGUCGCCGAGCUCGUUGCACAUCCGAAUGCUCCAGGCCCUGGCCGUGUCUAUCCUCUUCGGCACGGUGUACUACAAGCUGGGGACGCACGUCAGCUCGGUCCAAAGUCGCACCGGCAUGCUCUUCGGCGCGCUGAUUUCGGUCCUCCUAAACGGCAUGAUGGCGCUGAUCCUGACCUUCCCCGUGGAACGGGCCGUCUUCUUCCGCGAGCAACAGCACUCGCGUUCAUAUCGGAUUUUCAAUUACUACAUGUCCAAGUUCUUGACGGACAUUCCCUUUGCCCUGCUCCAGGCAAUCCUCUUCUCGCUGCCCAUCUAUUUCAUGAGUGGGCUGAAUCUCGACCCGCCGCGCCGCCUGCUGGCCUUCAUCGUGGUCAACUUCGGGAUUUGCCUCAACGCACAGCAGCUCCUCCCUUCCCGGGCUGUCGCCGCUCCCGCCGCCCCAACGAGUGACGAUACCCACGCCUCUUCUGAGGCCGCUCGCCAGCCGCGUGACGUCAAGGGCCUCCUCCAGUGGUCCAUGCAGUAUGUUGAGGAUGGCUUCGACCCGAAUGUCCAGCCGGCGGUCAUCGAUGAGGAGCGUCUGCGCUUCCUCGAGCGGGCCAUCGCCGAGGUGUCGAUCGACGUUGUGACGGCCAUGCGCAACUGGACCGUUGUGGCCCUGGGCGAGGCGGUCAUCCCGGCGACUGAUGCCAAGGCGUCCACCCUGGUGGAGGGCACCCCUUCGGAGGACGAUCGUCUCGAUGCCCUGGAGAGCCUGAUGAACACGGUUGACAAGCUGGACGAUGCGCGUGACUUCAUCACCAUCGGCUGCUGGGACCGUCUGCUCCAUGGCGUCCUGCAGGCGGAUUCCGACGCGCCUGCUGCCGUUCGCGUGGCUGCUGCCGAGGUCCUGGCCACUGCCAGCCAAAAUGACCCGGUUUGCCAGGCGUAUGCUCUGAAGCCCACGGCUUCGCCCCUUGCCGAUGCCAAUGCCGAUGUCCCGACCACCGGUGAAUGGUCCGCUCUCGAUGCAUUCGUCCACAUGGCCUUCGACCAGGCGGACGCCGAAUGCCGGAAGAAGGGUCUCCUCGGCAUUUCGGCGGUUGUGCGCGACUACGAGCCCGGGCUCGAGGCCUUCAUCACGUACCAGCUGCCCGCGGCCCUGGCUGGCCCUGGCGGGAGCUCCCUCCCCAGCGGCGCGACAAUUCUGCACGAAUUGAUCCGGCCUCAUGAGCUCAACUCCACCAGCGUCCGUGCCAAGGCCCUCUUCCUCCUUCGGCACCUGAUCUUUUCGCGGCCGGCGUCCAUGAUUCCGGCCGUGGCCCAGUGUGGGCUUCUGGACGAACUCCUGGCCAUUGCCACCAGCCUCGAGGGCACGUAUGCCGAGAUGGCCUCCACCAAGGAGCCCUCCGAGCCGGCGGUGGCCCAGCUGCGCGAGCACACGUUCAUGGUGCUCGCGCAGAUCUGCAACCCGCAGGCCGAUCACCUCCCAGGCGAUGCCGGGGUGGCAUUCCCCUCGUCAGCCGAGGUGGCCGCCCUCUUUGACCAGGGUGGCGAGGGGUCGCGGCGCGCGCGCCUGGAUGGGAUCCUGACCGCGCGCGAGGCGGCGGUGGCCCCUCUGCCGACCGACCUGCAGGAGUCCAUUCGCGAUGAGUCGGCCUUCGCGGCCACGCUCCGGCGCUUCGUCGACACCAAGCUGCAUGGCGCUGGUGGGUCCUCUCUCUCAGCUGCCUGA